CGCGCGUAUGAUGGUCGCCAUGGCUGAAAUUUAAAAUUACACCUUUCUCGGAUCUACAAUUCUUUGCAGAAUAUAUAUGGAAACCGAGAGUCGGAACUAAUUAAUUCGCAGCUAAUUUUCUUUUAUUUUUAUACCUCCUGCUCUAUAAUUAUAUUAUCUGAAUUUUAUUAUUCAUCGACGAACAGCGCUAUCUCCUCGAUGGCGCUAUGAUCGAGAUUCCUCAAAACUUACAAUUUACAAGUUUACAACACGUGGUAAAUGCCAGAACACUCCUCAUGUGAUAAACAAAGAAUUGGUGAAACUGAAACUGAAUUUUACGACACUGAUCAUACAUAAAAUGUCCAAUUUGUGAAACAACAUACAAGAAGUAUGUUUCUCUGUAUAUCUUCUAAUCGUGUUUAUGUACUUUGAUCUGUAUUUUAUAAGUGUGUAAGUUAUUAAUAUUGUAACCAAGUUAAAAUAAUAUAAACUACAAAUGGAUACGAACGAGAUUAUAAUAGACCAAGCAAUAGACAAUAGUAGUUCAAACAAUGAACUUAUGGAGCAUGUGUCAAACAUUAGUAAAGACAUCGAUGUAAAUACUACCGAAAAUUGUUCAUUGAUAUGCGAGGAUAUUCCACAAAAUGAUGUCGCAGAAAAGAAAGGAUUGAAUGAUUGUGAAAUGAUCUUUGUUAAUAACGACAACAUACAAAACUGCUGUGAUAAGAAUGGCAUAAAUGAUACACAUCAAGAAGAAAAUGAAUUUGUACAUAAAGAAACAAUAUUUGAAAGUUCAAGACUAGAAGAUGAUCCUUGUAUCGUGUAUGAAAAUAGUAUAACAUCUGCGGUGCAAGAAAGUAAUAAGAUAUCUUCUCUUAGUGCCAUUGCCAUAGAAUAUGGCAGUUCUGAUUCAGAACCAGAAGAUGAAACUGAUCAAACAAAAUGUGAAAUUAAUCAAAGUGAACAGCUGAAAGAAAUACAAGAACAAGCUUAUAGACAAAAUAAGGAAUCGUCAUCAAGCGAGGAAAGUGAAACUGAAAGUGAAGAUAGUGAUGAUGAUUCUAGUGAUAGCAAUGAUUCUUCCAUAGUACCAAUUGAACCAAAUGAAUCAGACAGUGAUGAUGAUUCAAAUAAGAAACGGACGGGGAGUACUAGAAAAGGACAAAAAAAUAAUGAAGUGAGAAGUGAAUUGGAUGAUCUACCUCCUAUCGAGGACUUGAAAAUAAGCGUACCCGAAGUGUUAUGUGAUCCACUGGGAGAGGUUGCAUGGAUGGUGGAGCAAUUGGUAGUUGUAAAGCCAAAGCCUGAAAAACCGACAUUGAAUUUGGACACGAUACUAUUCAUACAAAGAGGAGAAAGGGCAUUAGGUAAAAUAUUUGACGUCUUCGGGCAAGUAAACGAACCCCAUUACUGCGUGAGAUUCAACAGCUCUGAUCAUAUAAAAGAAUCCGACGUCAAAGUAGGGAUGACCGUUUAUUAUUGCCCAAAUACUGAAUACACUUCUUUAGUGUUUCUCCAUGAAUUAUUGAAAAUGAAAGGUAUCGAUGCGAACGCUGAUGAACCACCGGAAUUUUCUGAUGACGAGGAAGAACGUGCUUAUUAUGAGCAAAUAAAAGCAAAACAGUCAACUAAUGCGAGCCAGACAGAAGUUCCGUCUAAACGGAAACGUCUUUCGAAACCUAAAACUGGUUGGCAAUCAAAUCAUCCAUGGAACAGAAAUCCACAGGCGAACAGACAAAACUUUUACCGACGAACAGAUAGACAAUUCUCUCCCAUGCAAAGUGAUGAUCAAUCGCAAAAUUUGUGGUCACAAUUUUAUCAAAGUAAUGCUGAACAGUACGGAUACGGAGCAUAUGCGGCACAGCCUGCGCAGGGUGUGAAUCAGAACAUGUAUGCUUCACAAAAUUUUUACGGCGAAGACGUUACCACACCACUUUUGAAUCCUCGAGUUCCUUUCAAUGCCUGUCCAAGAAUUCCUUCUGGAUAUUUAUCAUUUCAAAAUUAUCCAAAUUCGUCUGGGAACGAAAGACUUCCGAAUUCACACGUACCUUGGCCACCACCAAUACCACAGUUCCCUAUGCGAAUGAGAUCGCCAUGGACAUCCUUACCUCCACCUCCGCCACCUCCAGCUUCAUCACCAUCAGACACAUCUUAAAUCUCGGUAAUUUAACAUUUUAUUUAAAAGAUUAUAAUUGUUACAUUUUUAUA